AUGACAAACGGUGGCAAGAAGAACAGUUUUGAUAUGUCAAGGUCCUUAAUAAACUAUAUUCCUUCUUUAAUCCUGGGACACCAGUUGAGGUCGAAGGGGAGUGAGGAACUCCCAAGCAUCCAACCGCUUAAUACAGUCGUAUUGUUUGCAGAUAUAAGUGGAUUUACUAAGAUUUCGGAAAUGUGUGCCAAAAUGGGAUCGAGAGGGUGAGAAGAGCUGUCGUUCUGUAUGAACAGGUACAUGGAAAGUAUAGUCAAAGGACUUGGAAAAUAUGGAGGAGAUAUUAUCAAGUUUGUAGGUGAUGCCAUGAUUGUCGUCUGGCCUCGUGAUGAGAAUAACCCAGAUGAUGACCUAGCCUCUGUUUCUAGAAAAGCUAUUAAGUGAGCCGUUGAUAUUCAGGCUGAACUCAAUGGGAAACAAAUCAUGAAGAAUAUUUCAAGUCUUUCAGUCAAGCUUGGAAUCGGUGUUGGUGACUGAUCCCUCCUUCAUGUAGGAGGAGUUUUCAAAAGAGCAGAAUACUUUUGAGUAGGUGAAGCUCUCAGUCAAGCCCUUUCAUCUGAAGAAGAUGCUGUUGGAGGGGACAUCAUUGUCUCUAAAGAAGUCUGGCAGUUAGUCAAAGAGUACUUCGAAGGAGAAGAGAUUCCAAGGAUCAGCAACGUCAAAAUUCUCAAACUUAUUGGAGCAAGUCUUCCUCCUAUCGCAGUUACAAAUAUCUUUAUUAAUUCUUUGAAAAAGGAUGAAUUGAUUAAAGCAAUGCAGUACUUGAAGAACUUUGUCCCAAACGCGAUUAUGCCUUACAUCGAAGUGAAUAUGGGAGAGUACUGUGGAGAAACCAGAAAACUUACAGUCAUGUUCGCUUCUCUCGGAGUCGACCUUUCCAGUGCAAAGACACAGGAAGGAAUGGAUAAGAUACAGAAGAUCGUCACAACUAUCCAAAAAGUUGUGUAUAGAAUGGAAGGAAGUUUGAACAAAUUAGUCAUGGAUGACAAAGGAAGUACCCUUAUCUGUGUCUGGGGACUAGCCCCAAUGGCUCAUGAAGAUGAUGCCACUCGUGCAGUCCUUGCUGCUCAAAUGAUCAGAAGUAAACUCAGAAGUCCUGAUAUCGGAUGAUGGUGUUGCAUCGGAAUAUCUACAGGAGUUGUCUUCUCUGGAGUGGUUGGUACUAGUGGCUCAAGAAAGGAAUUUUCAGUCCUAGGAGAUGUGGUCAAUGUUAGUGCAAGAAUUAUGGGAUGGAGCAAGAAAGAAAAAGGAAAGAUCUUUGUUUGUUUCCAAACUAUGAGGGAAGCCUCCCCAUUUUUGGAAUUUGAGUAUAUCGAACAUUGUAGGUUUAAAGGAAAAAGUGUGAGCCUUCCUAUCUAUGAGCCAUUAGAUCCUGAAGAAGAGAAUCAUGAUUCAUAUGAAAAUUACAUGAAUCCUUUCAAAUACUUAAAGCUAUAUUCAAAUCCUUUCCUCAUUGAUCGUAAAAAUAAGUAUCAGAAUGAAUAUUUUAAAAUUUACGGAAGAGCGAACGACAUAGAAACAGCAAUCUCUGAUAUUCUCGAAUUUGUCAAUGACUUGGAUUACUCAGUGAUGAUUUCCAUAUACGGAGAGUCAGGUUGCGGAAAAACACUAUUUGCAAGAUCUCUUAUCCAAAAACUGCGGGAUACGGCUAAGAUCAAAACAGAUUGGGCCAACAAGGAAAAGAUUAUAAUCCUUGCUUCGACCCUUAACUCGACCUCUGAAAAAUUGUUCCUUAACAUUUGGAUUCCCAUACUGCGUGCGAUGCUAGAUAUCCUUCAGGCUAGAAGAAACAUGAAGAAGGAAAUAAUCCUAGCCAAUAUGUACGCAAAUAACGAAGAUAUCGAGAACAAAAUAUUUAUUCUUGAAAAAAUAUUUGGACUGGAACUUCCCAAAGAAAUUGACCAGAUUGAGCUAGAAGAGGAGGCGCUAGCCUUCAUUCAGAGAGAGAAAUACCCACAUGACAUUGAAGACCCAAUCCUCGACUUCCUCUGUGAAUUUGUCAAGAAAGAAGUUCUUGAGGAAGGAGAUAUUAAUUAUAAUAAGCAAAGUAGUCCUAAUCAUGGCUUGGAAGUCCCUCCAGUGAUCAUUUUCUUAGAUAAUGUAUAUAUGAUGGACAAGCCUUCUUGGGAGUUGCUAGCUCAAUUAAAGAAGAACUGUAAAAGAAUCUGCUUCGUCCUCCUGAUCAAGGUCAGUCCGAAUCAUCAUCCUGUUCUUUCCCCAGGAUCUGAAGAAAUAGCUGCUGAAUUCCUUGGAACUGAGGACAACAAUGAUGUGAUGAUCGAUUUGUCAGAUCUCGAAGAGGAAGAAAUUAAGAGACUUCUUUGCGAUUUCUCUCGCCAAUACGAGAUUGAGAUGAAAGAUGAGAUCAAGAAAAUGACUCAACCUGUCGAGGAAGAUAACGGAAUAGCUGCUCAAACCCAGGCUAAAAAGAUUGCUGAAGAGAUGAUCAAGAAAUAUAACAUAACAGAUUACUUUAACGAUAUUCAAAAAGACGUUAUGGAAGUUAUUAUGCAAAAAUGUGAAGGAAAUCCACUUUGAAGCAUGCAGUUUUUAAUCAAUCUGAUGACCAAUGGCAUGGUUAUUACAAAAGAUAAAGUACUCUAUCCAAGUGGUAAAAAUUUCUUCAAUUGAUAUAAACUCAAUGACUGGACUCCUCUGAGUGUCCCCAACAUUAUGAGUGCGAUUAAUGGGCAUCUCCUAGAUCAAUAUUUAAAGGAAGGAAGAAAGUUGAACACAAAAUUUGUUCAAGAUAAGGUCAAAGGAAUAAUCUUGCUCAAAGCAGCAUCAGUGAUAGGAGAGAUAUUUACUCUAAAGCAGCUAGAGUUCAUAAAUCCUCUCAUAAGCGAAGAUAUUGAAACCAUAAUGGAGAUCCUAAUAGACCUCCAAUCAAGAGAUUUCAUCGAGAUCAUUGAUGAUAAUGAUGCUAAGAACUGGAUCUGUAGAUUCACCAAGAAAUUCUUAAGAGAGACUCUCUAUCAGAGAUUGCUUUUCCGUGGGCAAAAGAAGAAUCUACACCAGCUGUCGGCUGACUACAUCCAAAAUAACACUAAUCUGGAGAUAGAUUAUGAGAUUGAGCAGAAUAGACUUUUGAAUCAUAUUCUCGUAGCUGAAGAUAAAUCAACAGAAGACAAGCUUUCCUUUAAAGCUAAGCAAGCUAUCACAGUGAAGAAACUCUAUCAUAUCAUGAUCGACAAGAAGAGGAAAAUUGUUAAAGAUGGCUUUCUUACUAAACAAGGUCAAAAAGCUAAGAAGACGACUGAGCCUCGAUACCUGAGACUCACUAGGACUGAGUUACAAUGGUUCCAUAAUCAAGAGGAAGCAAAGCAUGAGAAAACUCCACUUGGAUCUAUUCCUUUCAAGGCUAUUUAUUCUGUGAUUCCAGCUAAAACAGAUAAACUGACAUCUGAUAUUUUUAUUGAUUGUACAGCAUGGAAAAAGAAGAAUCAAGAUAAACCUCCAAGAAAAUUUGUAUUUGGUGCAAAGACAGAAAGCGAGAGAGAUGACUGGAUCACAUCCAUAGAGUACAUGAAGACAAAGGCUAUUGUAGAGAGCUUCACCCAGAGAUAUGCUAAUAUUACAUUCCCUAUCAAAAAUCAAGCUCCGAAAAAUAAGAAGGUCGGAGGGAAUACUACGAAUUUUGAAGGACAAACUUCUCUUGGCUCAAUGCUAAAGAGACAAGGUGCCAUAAUUAACAAUAGUUCAUCCUCAAUCAAAAAGGCACCUUAUGUAAAGAGAGCAAGCAAGUUCCAGGCAAUCUUAGAGAAAAAGAGACUGUCAAACUUUACGAAUGACUCUAUGCAGCCGUCAAAUCAAGAGGCUUUGAUAAGAGACACAGCUAAUUCCAUAAAGGGACUCUUUAAUAUCAAUAUGACUUAUUUCCUUGGUCAGAUAUCAGAGAAUGCCAUAAAGGGAAAUGCUUUCCAAGCUACCAUCCUCGGAAAGAAGCCAGAAUGCCUGAGAGAUGUUGGGUUUCAAGACAUUGAUAUAGCUAUAAAACCCUCUUCAAUGGUAUCUAACAGAUUAUACUCCAUUGACAGCGAAUCUUCUGCAGGAAUGUCAGCAGCACUACAGAGAGCUAAAAUGCCUCUAUUAGGACCAGAGUUAACCAACGAUCUUGGAAAUCCAGAUAUUCCUCAAAUGCAAAAGAUGCACUCUGAGAAAGUGAAAAUUCAUAACAAACUUGAUUCAUCAAAUAAAUCGAGUUCCUUCAAGAAAGAAACCAGGGUUGACAAAGUGGGAAAGACGGGAAUCAAAGAAAUCAUUCAUGAAGAAGAUGAAGACCUUAAUAUCACAAACGAUAUGGAUAGGAAAAAGAACACUCUUGCGGAGAGCAGCCAUAAAUCCAAAAUAUCCAAGGGUAAAGAGAGGAUUGCUACUUUUAAUCCGCUUGAGGAUGAGUACCAAAUCAGUGCUACAUCUGAGGAUCAGUUUUAUGACGAAAAAGACCACCAUACCAAAGAAGAGGAGAAGCAACCGCUACCCUAUGAAGAAAAUCAUAUUGACGAUGACCCCACAAAUAAAGAAGAUUCGGAUGAAGAAGUUCACCAGAGAUUUAAAGAGAACUUAUCAAAAGUUGAAAAUCGAACUUCUCAGAAUACCCAAAAGAGAUUACAGCAAAAUUAUGAGUUACAGAUAAAUGAAUCUAAGAAGGAGCAUCCUAUGAAUGCGAGCAAAUCUUCAAAUUCUAAGUAUUCCAUUCAUAGCAGUGAGAACUUUGGAGAGAAGGAAUUUGUUGUAGCUACCCAGAAUAAUAGAAUUGGUGAUGGUAUGGUGAAUACUAAGCUCAAGAAUGCUAAAGCAAAGGUGAUCUCAAUACAGAAAUUGCAAAGAGGUUUGACAAGAGGAAAUAACAACCCUACUCAAUAUAAUGAUGGUUUUGACGCUCAAACACCAGGAUCAAUGAUGAAUGCAUCCCAACAGCAGGCAAGAAAUAUGAUGAACAUGGGGGAUUUAGGAAAGAAUCAUCCUACAACGCCCACCCAAAAUCCUGACUUUUAUCCCAGUACAAGCAUGGGAGGGUUUUCAAGAAAUUCGAACAGCAACAGUCCUUUUAGAAACCCCGAGGAAAACUUAGGUGAUGCUCCAAACUUUGGUCUUGGUCAGACUAUGCCACAACCAAUGAACCCUUCUCAUCAAGAUAUGAUGCAAAAUCAAGCCUUGAAUCCAUUGCUAACACAGAUGAUGAUGCUAAUGCAGCAGAAUACUCAGAUAAUGGCUGAACAAGCAAAAUUCAUUAGAAGUUAUACUGAUGGUUCAAAGUCACGAUCAAGAAGUAGGCCAAGACAAAGCUAUCAUCAACAAGAGAGCAGGUCCCAAAUUGGCCUUACCUCUUAUUCAGAACUAGGCAUCGAAGGUGACGAAGACGAACAACCAGAAAAUCUUAGAAACAACUCUAACUCAAAUGAAAGAAAUAUAAUAUCUGGAAGCAUCCAGCAAGUAAACUAUGAUACCAGAACAAAGAAAAUCAGAAAGAUUGCUAAGGAGCAAUUCCUUAAGAAAAAACCGACUCCCGAGAAAGAACACCAGAUUGCUGAAAGAACAGUAGGAAUUGUUCUGAGAAAUACUCAAUGUCAGAUAAAUCCUAAUCUGAGACUCCUAGAGGGAGAAAUAGUCACUAUUGAAAAAUAUAUUGGCGACCUUGAACUCUAUCAAUGCAGGAACAGAAAUCAUACAGGUUUGUACAAAAGAGACGAUAUCAAAAUUAGCAAGAAGAAAGGAGAGAAAAUAUACGGCAAAAAGAAAAGCCAGAAUUACAUCAACGUUCAACAAGAAACAUCUAUUGAGAAAAGAGUUGAAGGCCUCGAGCAUGAAAUCAUGAACAAUCCUAGAUAUGUCAAAGCUCAAUAUCCUGAAAGCGAUCCUGAAGCACAAGAUUAUGCUGAUGAAGAGUACGAUAGAGUCAAUAAUUACAACACCCGUAUUUCGAAAGAUGUUGAGAGCAUCGAGGAUAUCUUGCCAUACAACUCCUUGAGGCAAGGCAACGAGUUUGCUCAGAGAGAAGAAGCAAAGAGAUUAUCAAGAGAGGAAGAAUUUAGAAUAAACAAGCAACCAUUUACAAACAUGCAGAAGGAGAUGAUAAUGGAAGGAGACACUUUUAAUUUAGGGAGAAAGCCAACUAAUGAGCCUGGAGAUUUCACAAAUCAUCAGUUUAACCCUAACCAUGAGCAUCAACAACUUUUUGCAAACUCAAAUAAGGAAAGUAGACAAAAUGAUUUCGAAUCAGCUACUUUUAGAGUUGACGAAAGAAAAAUUCCAAAAGCAACCCUCAGAAAGAAGAACAAGAAAAACAAGCAAAGCUAUCUGAACCAAGGCAAGCCUGCUGGAGGUCUUGAUAAACUUCAACUUGGUCAGCCUAUUCAUUCCCAGAAGGUUCCUGAAAGAACUGGAGCUUUAGAAUCACAAGCUUUGGAUGAGUCUAUAUCAAGUAACAAUUCCACGACAAAAAGUCUCAAGAUGAAAGAACGUAAAAAUAGGAAAAAUGCUGUUCAAACUAACCGUCACGGUGUUCCAAUGAAAGGACCUAAAAAUUAUGCAGACUUGGCACGUUUCAGAAAACUUAACUAGAGAGUGUACCACCU